GAAUGCAGAAUCAGGUAAACAGAAAUGCUGAAGCGUCAAUCACAAAUGGAAACUCCACCCCACAGUUCAUCAUCCAGGGUAUGUCCAAUAUUCAAGGAGGCGUCGUCAACCUCACAGACUUGAUCAAAACCAGCUCAGGUAACACAGAGGAGGCGAUUGCUGUCAGCGCCUUAGACUCAAGUAUGCAGCAAGUGGUGAACGAAUCGGGUCAGAGAGUCAUAACCAUAUUAACAGAUCAACACGGAAAUCUGCAAACAAAUGGACUCGGCCAACCGUUCUUUGUCACGAUGCAGGAUGGACGACAAGUAUUGGCAGUUUCAGCCAAUCAAAUCACAGAGGAAGUGGUAGAAGACUCCGAACCUCCUGCCCGUAAAAGGAAAAUUGAAGUCGCAUCCAAUCACACAGAGACUGGUGAAACGGAGCACCUACAUUGGCAGUUGCAAGAAGCUAACAGGAAAGCUCAAUCAUAUCGUCAACAGCUGCUCCGCAAAGAGCAGGAAGCAGAGGGGUACCGAAUGAAACUGGAGGCAAUGUCCAACGGACAGACCAAUGGCACCACCACUCUGGACCAGGAGCAGAUCGUGCUUGUGCAGGAGGAAAUGGGUAUAGCGGAAGAGGAAGAGGAAGUUGUCUUCUUUUCAGAAGGUGGUGUAGUUGUUAAAACGGAGGAUGUUGAUUCUGCAGACGAGCAGAUAACUCUAGGGGAAGCCACAGCGGGUCACACAGAGGUCAUUUCAUAAAAGACGACCCGGCAGCGUGGACUUAAUGCUCUAGCAACCAAAGAGUGCAUCAGCAUGGUUUUGGUUUGGUUCAUUUUGAUUUUUGCAAUUAAGUCAAAGUCUUUUGUAACUUAUUAACUUGUUCUGUUUUGGUUAAUGUAUCAUUCUUUAGUCAAAGACCUCGAAAGAGAAUUCUUUCUCGGUUGUGUUCUUCAAAGACAGCUGGAGAAGACUCACUCUUUACAAAUGAUGUUACCUUUUAAAAACCCCUAGACUGGAACUGUGUCUGCCUUAGACAAUUAGUUUCAUCACUUUUGAAAUUGAACAUUUACACAAUGCGUUGUUUUUAACAAGAUCUCAGAAUCAGGUUUUUUGGCAGUUACAUGUUAUUUGCAUUGGAAAUAAAAUGGUGCACCAAUUUUAAGAAUUUGAAACUGCAUAAUCCAUCUUUUAAGUACACCAGUGAAUGAAUUUUUUAUAUUUCUGAUUGACCACUUACAAGAGUGAUAAACAGUCAUUUAAAAAGUGCCUUUGCAUUUUAGUAUUUUUAGUCAUUGUUUAUUUUCACGCAUAGGGAUGCUACAGAAAUGUAUACACAUAGUAUUUGUUUCAUUAAUGGGUAUACUGCUUAAUCCCAUUCAUUGUACAUUCAAUUCACAUUCCUCUUUCUGCUUGUCUACAAUAUGUUUUCAAUGUUAUGUUCUGCUGAAGUUUCAAACAGAAGAAUUAAGUUAGGAGAGCUCUUGUGCUUAACAAGAGAAUAAAUGUUUUCAUAAAGGUAAAAGAAGUCUGAUUUCAAUAUCAGGAUUUUGUAUCAAUUUAUCUUGUAUAAAUCUCACUGUCUUGUUGAUGAAAAAGGAUGUGUAAGAAUCUCAAUGUAAAUUAUACAAAUUUGUAACCAGUUUAGAUUGCCUCUACUAUAGGAAGUAUGUAAUUAUUUCCUAUUCAAACCAUCCAUUAAAUUGUAAAUGUUUUCUUUAAGAUAGUACCGUCCUUUCACAUUGUAAGAGUGAACCACAGUGUUAUACUACAAUUGAAGCACACCGAUCCAGGUGCAAAAUCCUGAUCAGUGUAAUCACUGUUAUUAUGUGCAUAUUAGUGAUGUAUAAAGCUUUUGACCUAUGUUUGAUUUAAAAUGUAGCAAU